AUGGACUCGGAGAAAUUAUUGGCUGCAUGGGGACGAGCGAGACUUUUGGGCGUCUUGUUGUUUACUCUGUUAUUUGCUUCUGCAGCAGUCAUCUUCACAGGUCUUGUGCUCGGUACAGAUAUCCCGACUGAGAAACUACUAUCCCCCUCCGUCGCCAAGACACUAUGGAACCCCUCGGGCUCUCCGCCAGAUCCGACUGUGGUUCAUACGAAACAUCUGGGAGGGACGCCGGGAUAUCAGGUGCUAGAGCAUGUUUGGGUGGGCAAUGGUACAAUCUAUAUGUAUGCGCCGGAUAGGUCCAAACUCCCAUCGAAGAGUAGAGCAGUCAGCGGAGAGACGGGGUGGGAGGUCUUUACGCAUCCGACAGGGGAGAGAAUAGAACAUGCGAAGAACGCUCUCAAGCUUGGAGGAACCACUAUAUUCGUCAACGACGGAGCCGAUACUUCUCAAUGGCACUACCUCUCCUCGUACUACCACCUCAUCGGCGAGAUCUUUCUGGGGAGCGUAGCGGCGAUAGCGUCUUUGCCGUCGAAAGUGGGGAUACCGCAAGUGGAUGCGAGGGACUGGGGGGAGAGGGUACCAGCGACGCCCGAGAGGUUUAUUAUUCCGUGGAAGGCGGCGGAGGGGUGGAGGGAUGAGGAGGGGUUGGGGGAGAUGGUGUUGAGGGGCAUCUUUGGGGAUAAGUUCUUGGAACCACAUGACUGGGCAGCUUUGAGUGAUCCCGACAACGAGCAUAAUGGUUGGGUCUACUUGGAACGAGUCGUCAUUACCGACCGCUGGGCAUCCCAUCGCCACAACCCCCUCUCCGAAGCGCUCAACAAAAUGGCAGCAUCCGUCUUUGCCCUCCCCCACUCUCCCUUCUUCUUCACCCCCUCCCGCCUCACUCUCCUCCCUCACCUCGGCAUCAACCUCUCCCCCCACCGCCUCGCACCUUCAAAACUCUCAACAGGAGAAGGAGUGCCCAAGGUCGUGUAUGUCGAUAGGCAGGGGACGGAUAGGAAGCUUGAUGAUGAGAGUCAUAUGGGGAUAGCGGUGGUGUUGGCGGAGCUUGAUGCGCUGGGGUUGGCGAGGGUGGGGCAUAAGAAGAUGGAGAGGUUGACGCAUGUGGAGCAGGUUGAGGCUGUUGCGGAUGCUGAUAUAAUUAUUGGCGUGCAUGGGGAUAUGCUUACGCAUCAAUUGUGGAUGACGGAAGGCGGGGUCGUCAUCGAACUCUUCCCUCCGGACUCGUACCUCCCCGAAAACCAGAUCGUCGCCGAUGUCUUGCACCACGAGUAUAUCCCGGUGUGGCAUGAUGUAGCGUUGACGAGAAAGGAGUGGGAGGGGUUGCCGAGGCAGCAUGGGCAUGGGGCGUUGUAUGAUGGGACGGAGGUUACUGUGGAUAAGGCGUAUUUGCGUCUGCUGUUGGAGGAGGUCUUGCAGAGAAUGACGGAUGAGAGGGGAUCAUGA